CAGCUGGGUUGAGGGAUGUGGCAGACUGAAUGAGGGUCGGGAGUGUGGAGGAGAAAGCGGGCGGUACCAUUUCGCCGGACCGUGAGACGACGACUCUUGUUGGAUACACAUGACAUACCCAGACAGUUAAAUGAGCAAAAUAAAAACCGUGGAUUUUGGUCAUUAAUUAAGACAUUACAGGUGGAAGUGGUAACGUUCUGGGAGGGAAAGCGCAAACAGGUCUUGCUCCAGCAUGAACCGAGCAUUUAACAGGAAAAGAGAUAAAUCAUGGAUGCAUACUCCUGAGGCUCUGGCCAAACACUUCAUUGCAUACAAUGCCAAGUUCCUUGGCAACACAGAGGUUGACCAACCUAAAGGCACAGAGAUUGUGAGAGAUGCAGUCAGAAAGCUUAAGUUUCAAAGGCACAUCAAGAAAUCAGAAGGCCAGAAGGUUCCAAAGGUGGAAUUACAAAUAUCAAUUUACGGAGUAAAGAUAUUAGAUCCUAAGACAAAGGAUGUGCUGCACAAUUGCCAGUUGCACAGGAUAUCCUUCUGUGCUGAUGAUAAAACAGACAAAAGGAUAUUUACAUUCAUCUGCAAAGACUCAGAAUCAAAUAAACAUCUCUGCUACGUGUUUGACAGUGAAAAAUGUGCAGAGGAGAUCACUCUGACUAUUGGCCAAGCCUUUGACUUGGCCUACAAGAAGUUUCUGGAGUCAGGAGGAAAAGAUGUGGAGACACGUAAACAGAUAGGAACCCUUCAGAAGAGAAUCCAAGAACUCGAAUCGGAAAAUUCUGAGUUGAAGAAGCAGUUACAGAACUUAGAGGAGCAGUUGAGAAGUUCCAAAGUGUCCCCUCUGCUGCACUUAAACUCGGCUAACGAAGCGUACAUGCUGCAGAGGCCUUCCUCUCUCUUCUGGUGUCACAAUCUCACCUCCUUCUCGUGUCUCGAGAUCUCCUCUGUCACUCUCACGCCUAUGAGCUCUCCCGAGUCCAACUUCUCUGCGGGCCUCCUCACCCCUCCUCCCGCUAAGCCUGCGCUUCCAAAGCCUCCCAACGGAAACAGUAUCCCACGGCCUCGCGCAGGCAGCAUCUCCACAAAACCGCCAUCCACAGACAUUUUUGACAUGAUUCCCUUCUCCCCUGUGGAGCCACUGGUUCCAUUACCAGCAAGCAACGGAGCACCGCCCCCUCCCCCAGCACGAGCAGCAGACCUACGGAAAGAUCUUUUUGGCGCCGAACCCUUUGACCCGUUCAUCUGUGGGGCCGCCGACUUCCCUCCGGACAUCCAAUCCAAGCUGGACGAGAUGCAGCGUCAGAGAUGGUUUGUAUCUUUGACUAACUUCACACUUUUCUUGUGGUUGGCUAGGGCCACUAGUUUUUCAAGUUCCCAUCCUCCCACCCCAGUAUUACACAAGUAUAAGUCAAAAGGUCCAAAGUGCCAAAUGGUACCAGUGCCUGUCAUUCAAGUUUAAGCUAUGUAUUAGUAAAUAUCACUUCACACUGAAAAACCAGAAGCCCUACUAAAAAAAGUUAUUUGAUUUCUUGAAUCAAUGUACUUAACUUAAAUUUAGCUCAUUUUAUAUGUGUGUUCUUUUUCUGUCUUUUUAGGAGGGGUUCAAAAUGGGACUGACCCUAGAGGGCACUGUCUUUUCUCCAGACCCACUAGACGGUCGCUGCUGAUGCCAAGAGGACUCUUUUUGUGAAAUACUGUUUCCUGUUUCUAUUAAAUAAGUGCCAAAAUUGAAUCUACAGUCAAGAUGUCAAUGUUCUCACCUUGAGAUUUGUAUGUCUUUGCAUUAGAAUUUGGUUUACAAAAACAGAAAUGUUUGAAAAAGAGAGAAAUAUGAUCGAACCUACGUUUUAAGUCUGAUAAGUUAAAACACUAUUUUUAUAACAAUUAUUAAAAAAAAGAAUAGAGUAGUUUUGACACCCCCUUGUACAGUCAUUGAAGGAUGUAAAUAGUAUGUCCAAUGGUACAUGCUGUAUCAAAAACCUUAAUAUCUGAAUUCUCAUGUCCUGGUGAAAAAAACCAAAAGGCAAUUACAUUGUAUUAUGUUUCCAACUUUUAUUAUAUUUUAAGUCUUGGUUGUCAUCUCAGAAACAUCUUCUAUUGCACACAUACAUUUCCAUUGUACUUGUACCUGACAGUCUGCUUGUGAUUGCCAUGUAAGACCAUUGUAGGGAUUCACGAAUGCAAUAUGACAUCUUUGAAGUCUGAAAACAGGAAACACUAGCAUGACCUCAGUUCUGGCUGCAGCUCUGUAAAGUUAUGAAGGACUGCACUAAAACCUAGAGAUACAGAAAUGUUCCUUCAUGACCCAAUGAAUAUGUUGAUCCCCAUAUUGAAGUAGGCCUAUACAUUACAGUAAUAUCGGGAGUUCUUUGUGUGUACUCUUUGGAUUCUGAGACAAAAUCAGUAUUGACCUGAAAUUGUGAAGUUUACAAAUACAUCAUUAGAGGGUGAUGUUGUCCCUUACAUUUGUAUUGGGUUGAAGUAUGAUGCAUCAUUGGGUAGCUAUUGACAUAUUACUGGAAUGCCAAACUGAGCUUCAUCAUGUUUAAUACAUUUUGUAUGAUUUAACAUAUGUUCAUGACUAAAAUGGAUUCAUUUAGAUAUUUUAAUAGAACAUUUAACCAUCUGUUUGUAUUCUUUAUCCAUUUAGCCCAAUAUGUACUUUUUGAAAUCCUCUUGGGUAGCAGAAUUUCAUUCUUUACUAUGUUGUAGUACCCACUUGCACAAGGAAGCACUUUUAAAAGCCUUUGUCAGUAUAUUUCCAUGUUAACACCUAUAUGUUUACAUGAUUACAUUUCAUUUUGUAUGCAGUAUUUUAAACUUUGCCCCUGUAGUCAUUAAAUAUAACAUCACAUGAUACACCA